AUGCCUGCAAUCAACACUUUAACGCCCGAAUCAAUUGGAUCAGUGAGGUUCGACAUUCCAGUCAAGAAGCCACAGGCAAAGGGAAACUACUCACACGUAGCUAUGGGAAAAGGAAAAGGCUCCAGGAGCUGUGUGGCGUGUUUCACCUACCGUGGGAUAAUUAGAAGUCUGGGUCUCUGCAGAAGGUGCUUCAAAGAAUAUGCAAAAGAUUUGGGAUUUGCAAUUUAUGAUUAG